AUGAUGAAUGCAAAUGGCUUUUUCUUUUUCAAGUUCAAGGAUGAAACUGGUAUGUUGAAUGUGAUUAUGGAUGGCCCUUGGAUAAUAAGGUCGCAACCGUUGUUUCUUAAUAGCUGGACUCCAAAGACAAAAUUGGAAAAGAAAGAGGUAAAGACGGUUCAAGUUUGGGUUAAAAUUCAUGACAUUCCUUUAGCCGCUUACACGGAAGAUGGUCUUCGUUUAAUUGCCACGACGAUUGGGAAACCGAAGAUGCUGGAUUCGUUCACUACGUCUAUGUGCAUGGAUGCAUGGGGUAGAAGUAGUUAUGCAAGGGCAUUGAUAGAAAUUUCGGCUGACAAAGAUUUUCGUGAAGAGAUUACAAUGGCAAUCCUAGAACCUGAGGGAGAAGGAUUCAUAAAAGAAACGAUGUAUGUGGAGUACGAAUGGAGCCCGCAUAGAUGUGCUACAUGUUGCGUGUUUGGUCAUUCCUCUGAAAGUUGUCUGAAGCAGCCUAUGAAAACGAGGAAAACCUUUCAGGAGGAUCCUAACCGGAAUAUUCAAAAGUAG